UUCUGUGCUAGAUUUCCCUAUAGUUCAAAUCAGAGGUAAAGCCCUGAAGCAAAUAGAAACGAAAGUACCAGAAAUCCAUUAAAAUAAAAUUGUAAUACCCAAGUUGUUAACUUUGUCUAGUUGGAAAUUUCAAUAUAUUGCGCCCUUACACAAAUAGGAAAAAGGGUCAAGGCCGAGUGAAAUUGUGUUUUUUUUUGUACAAAUUAAGUUCUGGUCUGUUAAAAUAAACGUGUGCACAGGAGUAAGGUUUAAGUUGCAUAAUUUCCUUACUCCAAUUGGGAAAUACUUCGGAAAGACGAGAAUCCUCAAAUUUUUUAGAAGUGCUUUAAUCAGGCCUAAGGAGAAUUAUUGGGGCCUUAAUAUUCAUACAUACAAACAAAAUUCAAAUAUUUUAUAUGUAUGUAAGCGUGUGUGUGUGUGCUCGCGGGUGUUUGUGUGGUGUUAAGUGCGUGGGUGCUGUCACGAAUUAGUCGUCUCGCUUGCUCUUGCCAGAAAAAUAAGUCUCUAAAUCAUUGAUUUUUCCCAACAAUACAGAAAGAGGAAAAAUAAGAGAAAGAAAGGAAAGAAGAAGAACGGUACUACUGGCCCCCCUUUUGAAGGCGUCAAGAGCGAGCAAAAGAAGGCCACUUUUGUCCUUUCCUCUUCUGUACUUCUUUUGAAACAUUACGAUUGCGAAUCCAAAACGGUAUUGAAGGUGAAACCCUAGAAUAGUAUCCUAACUUUCACUUUUCUAUAGCGAUUUAAUGUCAAGAUCAAUCAAGGUUUAAUUGGCCAAAGCGACUAGUCAUGACGUUUAGUAGUUCUUUCUGUUAUUUUUCCUGCAAGAAUAAUAAUGUAAAAUGUACUUAAAAAAUGUACGAAAACGUACUUUGUCAUGUAAACUGUCUGCUUAAAGUACAAAUAUUUCCUUCUAUAAAUUUAAAGUUUUGCAGAAAGCAAGACACCCGUUGUUUUUUAUUAAUUUAAAAUUUGUUUAAAAUUAAUUUCUAAAGACUUGGACUUCUAAAGAAUGACAAUUGCGUUCAUAAUAACAUUAGCAGGAAUCAAAGACACCAAAUGGCCAAACCUUAUGAAGAGGGCACAAUUUCGAAUAGUAAAGCUAUUGGAAUUAUAUUUGUAAAACCAAGUUUCUGUAUUGUUUAGAAAAUAGUAUAGCAAGUUGUUUGAAAAUAUCAAUAGAUAAAAAGCCACAAAAUGAAUUGCCUAUUUUUUCGGUGAGAAAACUUUUCCGCCUGACGUUAAGUGUGUGUGUAGUACGUGGGCCUCUGAGCUUUGACUGGCUCAACUGUUGUUGUUGCGAUUUUCUUUUGGUGGUGUGCGGCGAAAAAGCUUUUUCAAUUCGUGAAGUUCACGUGUAGCUACACAAUCGAGCGCUUUAUAUAUACAUACGUAUAUAGAAAAGUAUCAAAUUUUCCACAAUCGUGUUUUUUGCUAGUUUUUUUCUUUUAAAUUAAGCGACUACGGAAGGCAUAUCCGAAGAAAAACUAUCAGAAAGGCGGCGUUUGGAGAGACGUGCAUAGCUUACAUAAUCCCUCGUCUGCUCCUCCCACCCACAGUUCCAAGACCCCAUCCAACUAGAACUAAACUGAAUCCUACGUAGCCGUCGUAACCACCUCCACUACCUUCAUCUCCAGCUCGAUUUCGUAUUCGACCCGGAGUCAGUAAGUUUCACGACUUAUUUGCAGACCGAUCUCGAUGUCUCCGCAAUCAGAUAAUGCUUAAGCUACCAAAGGGCCUAAAAAAGAAAAAGAAGAAGUCGAAAAAGGACCAGGAGCUCUUUACUGAAGAGGAGCUCGAGCAGUACAAGCGCGACCUAAAGGCCAAACAGGAGGCGGCGGCCACCAAAUCGGACGCCGGCGAAUCUGACGGAGCGGCAUCCGACGUUGAAGUCCACCACGAAGCAGCAGCCUCCAACUCUAGCUUGGGACCAGGAUCAGGAUACCAGGCGCCUGGAUCAUCCUCGAUUAACGCCCAUCAACCGCCGGGCGAUCAAUGUCACGGAGCUGCCGGCGGCGACGAGGAGUGGGCCAAGUUUAAGGCACUCACCUCCGGUGUCGAUAGUAUCCUUCAUAAGACUCAGGACGAGCUCGAUCGGAUUAAGAAGGAGUCCUUUUACCAACGCCUGCCCUCAGCCGCCGAGAAGAAAAAACAGGAGGAGGAGGAGGCUGCUCGCCUUGUAGCUGAGCAACAGGAGCGUGAAAGGCAACGACUGGGGCAGAUCGAGGCCCAGCGGGAUAAGUUAGCCGAGGCGGUUGUCCAGCUCUCUGAGUCGGAGGAGGAGACCGGCGAUUACGAGGCCGAUGACAUCUUCGCCACCGACUACAUCGAGGCUAUUACGAGCGGUGAGCUCCAAUUAGCAGUUGUUCCGGAUUCCCCGGUCCUCGCCGAAGACGGACCCGAUCCCUUUGAUACCGCCUACGCGGAGAAGGUCAUUGUUGGCGCCGAUCGGGCAAAAAGCAAUAAGAAACUAGUGAGUCUCGGAGCUGCCGUUGAGGUUCUAUCCGGUCGCGUGGACCGCGAGCACGCUGUCGCCCUAGCCAAUCCCAAACGGAAGUUAAGAAAGGGCAUUCAAAACCUUUUGCUCAGCGAAAGUGUAGAACUUGCAGAUUCGGAGGCGGAUCUUCUGGCUGCCGCUGCCGACGCCAAGCCGCAACAUAAUCUGCUCGACGAUCUCGACGAGGAACUGCUCGAGUCCUCGGCUCCCAUUGAUCUCAGUGUCUCGUUGCAUUUGCACUUAAUUAAACACAAACCCGUGGAGGAGGAGGAGCAAGAAGAGCAGGAUCAGGAAAAUCAGCUGCUCAACCCGAACUUAUCCGAGUUCGACGAGCUUAAAGACGACGAGGACGACGAGUUUGCCGAACUAGCCGCCGAGUCUUUGACCAAAAAGGAAGAGGUUACCAUCGUAAGCCAGGUUGUUGUUCCAGCCGCGGAGCUACCAACUGAAGCCUUCGGCGAAGGCAGCUGGGCCGAGUUUGAAGCGGAACCGGAACCAGAAUCAGGAAAACCUAAGCGCCCACCACCACCAGUCCGUCCGCCAACAGGACCGCACAUCGUACCAGGUGCCAUCUACGUUUCUGACGACGAGGAAGAGAAUCCUGACGACGAUCCAUUUAACACCAACUACGCAGAUCAGGUGAUUAAGAAGAGCACCGUACUCGAGGAAGACGACGACUUUGAUCCGCGUGCCGAAGAAGAAACUUCUGCGUCAUCAUUUUUAGUGUCUUCAACUCGAGAUCUUCUUGCUGGAAGUGCUACCGAUCUGAGUCAGGUGGUUCCCGCGCCUUUAGCGCCUACUUUAAGUGUUGACCAGGAGCCAGAGGACUUCGAUCCGUUCGACACCUCGGCAGUAUCGGCUUUGGUUCAGCCCAAGGCCACAGAGCUUCGCUUUCUGGAGCGCGUACUUUUCGACGAGUCUGGCGAGGGAGGAGCUACCCUCAAACACUCCCUGAGUGAUCCCGACUUUGAUCCACGGGCCGAUCAGGACAGACCAGCAGAGCCGCAGGUGAAGGUAGAACAAAUACAGACGGAUUUCGACACCGCCCGCCGAAAGUCCUCGCUAAGUCUGAACAUCCAGGCGAAGAGUGUGGGCUUUCUAGUGCCAGCACCGGAUCUCCUCGGAGCGGGUAAUGAGUUGGGGGCCAACAAGAAGCCACUGACACCGUAUUACGCACCAACUGGCAAUCCACUACAGGAGAGGGAACGUGAAACAGAGGACGUUGAUCCCUUUGACACCUCGUAUGUUCCUGAGGCAAAGCUUAGCGAAAUAGAAUUGAAACACAUAGAAAAGGACCUGAUCUCGGAACCAACGAAUCUGCGACACAGUCUUUCCGACCCGGAUUUCGAUCCUCGGGCCCCACCCACUCCAGUUCCCGCAGAAUUAUUGCUGGCUGUCGAGGAGAACAUCAACAUUAAAGUCUUAACACCCGCCCAGGAGCGAAAGAAGCUAACCAAUUCUGGUGGGAGUGGCGGAUCCGAAGACGACAUCGACCCCUUUGACACCUCCAUAGCAGCAAAUCUCGGGCCAGGUCGGACGGAGUUAAAACUGUUGGAAAACGAGCUCUUGCCAGAAACAAAACCCUUAGUGACUGACGUCCUAGACGUGCAGAGCGACGCUCAGGAGUUGGGCUUGGGUGACAAGGUACUUACGCCCUCGACGCACUCGAGACCGGUCUUGCCUUUUCAGGAUAUAGAUCCAUUUGACACUUCUAUUGCGGAGAAUCUAGCGCCUGGUGAGACAGAAAUUAAGCUGCUGGAAAGCGAACUGAUCGAGCGCUAG